CAAUCUAAGCUGACACUAGUUCUAGUUCAGUCCAACUAAACCUAUUUAUCUUCAAACAUUGUCCAAGUUUCUCUCAUAUACACAGCAACAGCAACAACAAGAAGAUGAGUCUCCUUCAAAUUCAAUCCACUCUGCACAACCAAAACGUUUUUCUCCCUCUCUCAUCUUCGACCUCCUAUUCUCUCCCACUUCCCGUGAAGCACACUUCCACUCUCACCCUCGGUAACACGCAAAGGUCAUGUUUCCAGAGGCUCUGGGUGACGUGUUCCAUCUCCAAGAUUCACAGCUAUGGCACUGUGGACUACGAGCGAAGACCCAUAGUUCGGUGGAACGAUGUGUACAGAAAGAUAUCGUUGAUGGCAAAACCUGAAGAGGGUUCUGCCACUGUCUUGAAUCAGUGGGAAAAUGAAGGCAAACACCUCACUAAGUGGGAACUUUCAAGAGUUGUCAAAGAGUUGAGGAAGUAUGGCAGAUAUGGAAAGGCCCUUCAGGUAUAUGAUUGGAUGAACAAUAGACCAGAGAGGUUUAGAGUUUCUGAGAGUGAUGCAGCAAUUCAGUUAGAUCUAAUUGCCAAAGUUCGUGGCGUUUCUAGUGCUGAAGCGUUUUUUCUGAGUCUGAUUGAUAAGUUAAAAGAUAGGAGGACUUAUGGUGCCCUUUUGAAUGUAUACGUGCAUUUUAGAUUGAAAGAAAAGGCAGAAUCUUUACUUGACACAAUGAAGAGUAAAGGAUAUGUAACACAUUCUCUACCAUUUAACGUAAUGAUGACUCUGUACAUGAACCUUAAAGAAUAUGAUAAAGUUGAUAUGCUGGUUUCUGAAAUGACGGAAAAAAGCAUACAGCUAGACAUCUAUACAUAUAACAUCUGGUUAUCUUCUUGUGGAUCUCAAGGAUCAAUAGAGAAGAUGGAACAAGUGUUUGAACAGAUGGCAAAGGAUCCUGCCAUUGUCCCGAACUGGACUACAUUCAGCACAAUGGCUUCGAUGUAUAUUAGGAUGGAUCAGAAUGAAAAAGCAGAAGAGUGCUUACGAAAGGUUGAGGGUAGAAUUAAAGGUCGAGAUAGAAUACCUUUUCAUUAUCUCCUGAGUUUAUAUGGAAGUGUUGGAAAAAAAGAUGAAGUUUAUCGUGUGUGGAAUACCUAUAAAUCAAUUUUCCCAAGUAUACCAAACUUGGGAUACCAUGCCAUUAUUUCGUCUCUGGUUAAAUUGGAUGAUAUUGAGGGUGCAGCGAAGCUAUAUGAGGAAUGGGCUUCAGUAAGGACUACUCAUGAUCCUAGAAUAGGAAAUCUUCUCCUAGGCUGGUAUGUUAAAAAAGGCAGUACAGAAAAAGCUUUGAUUUUCUUUGAGCAGCUGAAGCAAGGUGGUGGAAAACCAAAUGCAAAUACAUGGGAGAUUCUUUCUGAGGGCCAUAUUGCAGAUAAGAGAAUUUCUGAGGCCCUGUCCUGCUUGAAAGAAGCUUUUAUGGCUGCUGAUGGUUCAAAGAGUUGGAGACCAAAGCCCUUAAACUUGUCUGCAUUCCUUAAGCUUUGCCAGGACCAAGAUGAAAUGGCAAGUGCUGAGGUCUUAAUUGGACUGUUGAGGGAGUCAAAAUUUAGUAAAGAUAAAGUUUAUGCAUCACUCAUUGACUCAUUUGAUGGUACCAUUGGCAAUGGUGAAUUGUCAAGCAAGGUUGAUACAGCAGAUAGAAGUGAAGAUAUCAUUGUCAGUGAAAAUGUGGAUGAUGACUCUCAAAUGUUGUUCAGCUUUUGAUUCUUUAUUUCUUUUUAUUUUUAGUGGAAAAUGGGGUAUUAGAACGGGGGGGGGGGGGGGGGGGGGGAUUUUGUCUAAUAUGGUCUUAUUCAAGUUUCGUGAUUUCUAUGCCUUAUCAUGCAAGUUAUGAAGUGCUAGCUGCUGUUUGAGCUGAAAAAAUUUGAAUAUUUUUGGUAGCUAGCUUUUAACAAUAACGUGCUGUUUUGCCUUUCAUAGGAAUUGCCGCAUAUAUGUGUUAUCUGAAGACAUCCUUGUUUAUGAUU